ACAACCACAUGAAGGUUUGCAACCAAACAGACUUAGAAAAACAUAUACACUUUUAAAAGGCAGGACUGUUUAUGCAGAAUGAGUUUAUUUCUGUAGAGUGCUUCUUUUUCAGUAAGGGAAACAUAAAAAAGUGCCAAAAGUACAGAGUUUGAUUAAAUGAAGCAGUUUUGCAGAGAGGAGUAUCAGGCUGAGGAAGUUAACGUGGUUAAUGACCUCAUUUGUGUUUUAGGGAAGUAAAAUAAUGUCUGUAGAGCGACGCCUGGCCUGAGACAGAGAGCGAAAAAGAUUCUUCUCGAGUGAAACGCGGUUAAAGAAGCACCAUGGCCUCAGCUGAUGUUGACAUGGACAUCCACGAGGAAGAUACGCCACUGCAAAUGGGAAGGAGACAACCUCCUCCUCCACCGAGUCAGAUCCGAUAUUACCAGGCUUCAGAGAUGGUGCCAGAAGAAAAAGGUCAACUGCACAACCUGCUCCAGAAACAACCAGCUGUGUUGGGGUCUCUGCAGAUAAUGAGCGGGACCCUCAGUGUCGCAGUGGGCAUACUCUUUGCUGCAACUCAGGAAAUGCACCAGUCCCUUUUCUGUCUUUUCAGAGUCUCACAGCUGACCGGAGCCCUUUUUGUAAUAGCCGGACUUGUUUCCAACUUGUUGUUCAAAUAUCCAGCGUUGCUGAUGGUGUCAAUUGCAGUUAACUGUGGCUGCAUUGUUGUAGCCAUUAUUGGUGCAAUUCUGAUAAGCGUCGACCUGGCUCGGUGGAAUCCACAAAACGAUCCAUUUAUGAGAAUUGAAGCGAUGGGGCUGUGCGUGUUGGGACUGGAGGUUUUCCUCUCUGCAGUCCUCUGCUUCUGGUUCUUCAAAGAGAAAAAGGCAAAAUGAUUAAACUGCUUGUAUUGUUUAAAUGAAUCGUGUUACAGGGAAGCUAUUUGUGCACAGGGAACUGUGGAACUGCGCGCUUUUAGAGGAGACAGUGACACCUUUUAUGCUUUCAUGUGUGGCUUUAACUCUGUUGCCUGUGCUAGAGCAAAAGCCCCUGCAGCGCAGCCCGGGCUGUGGUCUGCGUCUGAUGUUUUUGACAUGGACUGCAAAACGCAAGAGCUGCGGCAACCAAACGUCAGUUUCCCCUCAUGUGAGAGCAUAAACCACAUUUUAACUCUGCAUCGCUUUUGAGUAACGGUGAUAUCGGCUCUCCCUUUGCAUUGUGUCUGUACCCAGAGGGCUCUUUGUGUGGUUUCGUGUUCACACUCUAGCAGUGGAAACGUUUUUGUCACUUGUUGUGAGGCAAAGUCGCACAUUCACACUUCUGUCUUUAUUAGCCAAAAAAAUAAAAUAAUAAAAAGCUUCAGCUGCAAUCUUUAAUGUGUCGGAGGAAAAAAAAACGCAGAAACAGCUUUAAACUUUUUAUUAAUCUGUACAAACGUGUAACUCAGAAGUCACGGGAAUACAAUGCAGCACUGCC